AUGAAUACAAUUGCUCUCUGUGCUGCUUUAUUCAUCCUAUACAAGUUGUAUCGCAAAUUCUUCUCCACUUCAACAUCCAGAAUGGUCUCUUCAGCAGUCAAAACCAAGGUUGAGGGCCUAAUCAAGUCCAAGCCUAUUUUCGUUGCCUCCAAGACCUACUGCCCAUACUGCUCCGCCUCCAAAAAGACCCUUGACAGCUUGGAUGCCGACGCCUAUAUUUUGGAACUCGAUACUUUGAGCGAUGGAGACGAAAUCCAGGCUGCUCUUGCCGAGAUCUCCGGCCAAAGAACCGUUCCAAACAUCUACAUUGGUGGAGAGCACAUCGGAGGUAACUCUGAUUUGCAAGCGUUGAAGAGCAACGGCAAGUUGGUUUCGAAGAUCAAGGCGUCGAAGCUUUAA